AGUUCGGUAUAACGUCUCACGGAAUACGGACGUAUUUUCGAUAAUUCUAACUUCUAUUUCAGUAGACAAGAACGUCUCAGUUGGUGUCCAACAAAAGUGAAGACUUUUUUUUCUCGUCUCGAUGUUACACGCGAAACUUUCAUCAGUUUCAAUCACGAGUUUUACAGAAAUUUAAUACAAGGUGUUAGCUGUUAUUAGAUUUUUUUUCUCUUCCAUUAAAUAGUGUUGUGAAAGUUAAUAGUUUUUUUUUAAUAAUUUAUCACCGGAUGUUUAAUUGAUGUGCGUUUGAAAAUUAACGCAAUCUGUGGCGAUGUGGUGGAUAGUGUGAGCAAAUUAAAUGCCAUUUCUAGUGAAAUAAAUCCCUGUCAGGAGUUGGAGCAAUCAGGGAGGAGGAUCGAGGAAUAGAAAUGGAUGACAUAUCUGCACACACACCGAGAAUAAAUUACACAAAAACACGAAGUGCUUCAAUUUGUGCCCCAGCCAGUACAAGUCUCGAGAACGUUUUGCUACCUCCAUCCGGUAGCGGAACACCCGACAAUGGGACUCCAAGCUACCGACGUCGAAGGCCUGCUACACGAUCCCAAAGUGCCAGAAUAACCGGCCCUAGAUCUGUGAAAAGAAAGACACAGCAACAACCUAGUAAUCUUCAGGAGACCAGUAGAUCGCAUUGCACCAGCGAACCUCGCCUCAAUGACACAGAAACCCCUCCACAAAGAAGGAGAGGAUCCCAAAGAAGGCCCACACACACUCAAAGUCAACGGAAACCAACCACCUUUCUGGAUGUUCCUUCCAGUUUUCAGUAUACACAGGGUGAUGAAGAUGAUGAUAAUUAUCGACUUCGGACAUUUAGCAGUACAAAAGGAGGUGUCAUCAAUCGUGGAGACUCAUUUCGACGGAGACGAUCCAGGAGCAACAGUUUGGUGCCCACGAGUCCCAUCCACACGCGCGCUGAGGAAGUUGUCACAACAUCCGCCAGCGUAGAGAGCUUCCAGGUGGCAAUGCUUGGGGCACCAGGAGUAGGCAAGGCUGCUCUUGUCUCACAAUUUCGCACGUCGGAGUGUAUUAAUGCUUACGAGGGACCAGAAUCACUGGAAGAACAGAAUAUCUCAAUAAUUCUGAAUGGAAUAGAAUCUGAACUACAAUUCGUCACUUGGCGUGGAAAUAAGGAUGAACUGGAAAAAGCUGAUGCAUUUCUUGUGGUAUAUUCCGUAGUGGACAAGGCCUCUUUUAGUCGAUGUGAACAACUCAUUUCCAUGCUCCAAGACAUGGAUCUCGUGAGAUCUCGUGCUCUUAUCCUCGUGGGAAACAAAAUAGAUUUGGCACGAUCUAGGGCAGUUUCUUCACAAGACGGAAAAUGUUUGGCAUGCACUUUCCGUGCUAAAUUCAUAGAAGUCUCCGUGGGCAUCAAUCACAAUGUAGAUGAAUUACUGGCGGGUACAUUGACACAGAUUCGUUUGAAAAGAGAACACAGUUUAAUUCAGGGGUCACGAGAAGGGUCUUCGCCUCAUUGGUACAAAUCCCGUAGUGUUAUGAGAGCCAGCAUGAAAGCUCGUCAGAUGAUUACAUGGAUCCUGGGAAAGGAGGAUUCAAAGUUCAAAAAUUGCGAAAAUCUUCAAAUUCUGUAAACAGGACCCAUAUGAUAAGGAAAAAAUAUUUAUAUGAAAAAUCUAACUUAAGACCUACCACUAUUAAAUGUUAACACCAUAAAAUUCUUACAUUGGGUUAAGGAACAAAGAAGGGUAAAUUAAAUUAUAUCUAGAGAAAAAGAAAACGAUAAAAGUAAUUGUGAAAUGUGGACGAUAUACAUUAAGAGAAUAUGUGUACUAGUUCUUGUGUGUUACAAUCCUGAUAUGGUCAGAGGUUAUUGCGUUAAAACCAUCUCUAAUUCUUCCACUUGUUUAACACAAUGCGAGAGAAAAGAAUAACGGUCAAAUCAUUGUUGUUGGGAGAGAAUGUUGGAUUAGAAUUAGACCAAAAGUAAUAAGAUCCACGUAGAAUUUUCAUGUCUAUAUAUGAAACUUUUCCCAUUUUCCCUCGUCAAUAUUUGACACGAUUUCUUCAUCCUCCCUUUGCUAUAUUAUAUGCAUACUUCCAUACCUAAGUAAUAUAAUUUAUUUGUACCUUUUUUUAUCAGUCUUCUUCAAAAUAGUCAUAAAUAUACUCUUACAGAUUCACAUGAAAUUAUUCAAUAUUUCCAUCAUUCAUUUCCACAUCUUAUACAGUUUCCCCCCUUUUUUUUCUUUUCAAAUCAGUAACAUUCCUUCCAAUCAACUCUUUUAUUUCAACAAUAGAAACAGAAUCAUAAAAAUGGAUUGAAUUGAAUUUGAGAUAUGAAUAGAAAAUAUAUUUAAAUUUAUUCCCUCUGUUUUUUAUGCGAUUUUUAAAGUACUCAUGAGAAUUUAAUCAAAAAAGAAUUGCAAACAAGAGACCAAUUUUGAGCACAAGGUUUCCCAAUUUAAUGCUAUUACUUCUUGCUAUCUAUCAUGCUUACUGACAAAGAUUAUGGCGAGAUUAGCUUAUUGCAUUGUAUACACAACGUCCCAUGCACAAAGGGAUGAGAGCCACAAUGACUAGACUCAGAUAAAGAGCAUAAAGAGCUAUAAAUUAUUUAAUAAGAUUUUUUAUACCCAACACUUAGUACUUUGCAGUUUCAUACAGAACUGAAAUUGCAAUUUGCCAAAAGAUUCAUUUUAUUUCCUUAACAGCACAGUAAAAAAAUGUGUAAAAUUUCACUACUGCAAAAUCGACCAUUUUAGUUGUUUAAUUUAAAAAUGUUUAAAAAAUAUACAAUAAUUUGGUAAUUUAUUGUCACUUGAUUGAAAAUUACCACUAUUAUAGUCAUUAUAUAGUUAAAAAAAAAUUUCAACAACGUUAUUUAAUUUGAAAGUGUGUAAAAUUUUAACACUAUAAUAGUGUGAAAUCGGAUAAAUUAAUUAUUUAAUUGCGAUCUGUGUAAAAUAGUCAUAAAAAAUUUACAACUAUGUUUUGUAAUUUAAAACUGUUGAAAAAUUCUAAAAAUUCCCACUAUUAUAGUAUGAUUACAGUUUUUCACAUUAUUAUAGUGUGAAAAAAUACACAACUUUAUGGUAUUUUUUGUCACAUGGUCAAAAAUUAAUAUUAUUAUAGUUUGAUCAUAAUUUUUCACACUAUUAUAGUGUGAAGCCUUGUUUAUUUCAACCAGAUUUGUUGAAUUUUUAAACAAAAGUUGUUGAAUUUUUAUACAAAAGUUGUUGAAUUUUGAGACAAAAGUUGUUGAAUUUUUAAACAAAAGUUGUGUAAAAAUUGUUGAAUUUCCAAUUAAGACUUAUACUUCAGUCGAGAUGCUUUUUAUUGGGCAAAAGUCAUAUAGAACAUCAAAUAUUUAUAUGCAUAAUAGGUAUAUCGUGAAGAUCCGAGCAUGAGAUGUAAAUCAUUUCGGAUUAUGGGGGAUCCCGAGUAUAGGAAAAACUAAUAAAAAUGUCUAAAAAGGCAAAAAAAAAUCAAAAUCUUCGAAAUGAAAGGAAAAUUCAACAAUAAACAGAAUUCAACAAUUUUUAAAUUCAACAAUUCCAAAUUCAACAUCUUGAAAAUCAACAACUUUAAAUUAAACAAUUUUAAAUUAAACACUUUUUCCAAAUUUAACACUAUAAUAGUGGUGUGAAAGGUUACACACUAUAAUAGUGUUAAUUUUUUUUACUGUGAGUCUCUUUAUACAAUUAUACACCACAAAGUAUUUAAUUUCCUCUUAAGAGUUAAUAUUGUAUAAUUGCUUCAAGCGACAUUGACUCGAAUCUUGACUUCCAAAACUUCACAAAAUAUUCUUGAUCCUUUUUGGGUGAAAAUUCAUAAGGGUUGAAAUGGAUAAAAUAAUUGUGAAGAAAUAGGGCAAAGUUGUGGCAUUUAUUGCUCUGGUGAGAAGGUCAUGGAAAAAGUCAUGGCAGAAGUUCAGUGUCUAAGAAUUCAUCUUUACAAAAUUAAAAGAUGUUAUAAAAGAUGUAAUGGAAUAUUUGAGAGUGAGUGAGAUAUUUAUUCAAGUGCCUUUCCCACCUAAUUUUCUUCAAUUUACAUUUUUUUUUUAAAUUAAAAGUUUAAUCAGCAAGAGAGCGACCAAAUUGAAUUGUGUGCACCAGCUGAAAAUGACACUAGGAAUUGAAUUACUGAGGAAAAUAUACUUUGCAUACAGUCUUCAAAUCGAUAUUGAAGCUAUUUUCUCGGGAACUUUUAUUGACAUCCUUUUUGAUUAUCUCAUCAUUCUUUCACUCGCCUCUUCAGCUCAUUACCUCAUUGAAUUACUAAGUGAAGAGCAAGAUGGAACUUAUGGUGUUUCCCCAUUAAAGUUUUCCCCGAGAUUUCAGCUUUUACGACAACCCAGAUGCGGAUCUUUAAGCUUUAUACUCUUUGACGAAAAUAUACCUAUACCCCAGGAAAAAUCCAGGAGAUGAGAGUGAGUGAAUUUUUCCCUCGAGAAAUUGUAUUUGAGAUAGUUUCAUGCACGAAAUUCAUUCGCAUAAUAUGAUGAAUAAAAAAUGCUCUUAAGGAAAGAACUAUUUUUUUUUCCAGUGACUCUAUCAACAUCUCUGCCUUUUAUUCAUCAUGUAAUAUCAUGUUAAGCUUCUCUACCUUCAAAGUAUUUUGGUAUUUCGGGAAAAGACUGCUAUAAAAGUAGAAGGAAAUGCUCGAUAGACAUUUUCUGCACAAAAAUUGACUCAUUUUUCCAGUCACAUUUUUUGCUCUGUUGAGUUUCAAUAAGAUUUUUAUACAUGUGGUUGGCUUUUUCUAUAAAAAAAAACACACUAAAUUGUAUAUCUCACAGCUGUUUUUUCUGUAAAAAAAAAAGUAUUUCCGUGAUAUGACUCGAUAAGCCAAAAAUUGCUAUACAUACUUUCACUUAUGUAAAUAUUUCAGCUAUUCAGAGUAGGUAAUAUCCUAUAGAUAAAAUCAUUUCAAUGUGUUAACUAGUUUUUCCUGUACCAUGAAAAAAGUAAAAAAAAAAAACAACAAAAAAACUACGUUGAAGGAGAUAAAAUAACACUUCAUAAAUAAUUCGUAAUUGUUCUAUUGCCGUGAUAACUCUAUAAAAUAGAUAGUGUUAAAGAAAACAUUUGUGAGGAAAGUGUGAAUGAAGAAAUUUUCUCAUAAAAAUAAAAUUCAGAAAGAGAAUUUUUGAGAUAAAUAUUAAAUCGAAAUUUUGCAUAUUCUUAUCCAAAAAAAUUAUCGUUCACAAAUUCCCUUGUGUGAAUGAAAUCGCGCCAAAAGCUAUCAACAGAAAAAUUGUAUGGAAUUUUCUGCAAUUUUCACCCCAAAAGAAAACAAACAUUGUUAUUAGAGAAAAUAAAAAAAAAGAAACACAUAGCAUAUGAGAAAGAAUACGAGUAACAUAUGUAAAUGACGUGAUUUGACAAUAUUGAAUAAAAAUCAAUGUGAAUUGGGAGGAGAA